AUGCUAUUGCCAGAAAAUGUGGCCCUGCGUGGCAAAGCAACCCAGUCAACCCGUAUCAAUGAGGUAUUGUCGGCUGCCUACGCUGCAAUUGAUGGAAACCGUGAUUCUGACCUUCGCCAUGGAUCAUGCUCGCACACCGAUCAACAGACCGACCCCUGGUGGAGAGUGGACUUGCUUGAGUCCUACAUUGUCACUUCCCUCACCAUCACCAACAGAGGAGACUGCUGUCAUGAAGAGCUCAACGGGCUGGAGAUCCACAUUGGCAACUCUUUGAAUAACGAUGGCUUAAUAAACCCAAAGGUUGGACAAAUUUCUGAAGUUGGUGCAGGCAAAUCCUACACUGUGAAUUUCGCUGGUCGUGUGGAGGGGCGUUAUGUAACUUUGACUCUUCCUGGUUCAGAAAGGAUCCUCGCACUCUGUGAAGUGGAAGUCUACGGAUAUCACGCUCCAACUGGAGAAAACCUUGCACUUCAAGGAAAAGCCUCACAGUCCUCACUCUUUUCAACUGGUAUUGCCUAUAAUGCCAUAGAUGGAAAUCAAAAGAGCAUAUGGAAUGGGGCAUCAUGCACUCAUACAAAACAUGACUUCAGUCCCUGGUGGCGACUCGAUCUGCGCAAAACCCAUAAAGUUUUUUCUGUUAAGGUACUGAAUGUAAUAGAUUCUGUCCCAGAACGACUAAAUGGAGCCGAGAUCCGCAUCGGAGAUUCUCUUGGAAACAAUGGCAACUAUAAUCCCAGGUGUGCUGUGAUCUCAAGCAUCCCAGGAGGUUCCAUUCAAGAGUUCCACUGUAACGCGGGUGACGGGAUGGGGAUGGAUGGCCGCUAUGUUAACAUAGUCAUCCCUGGAAGACAUGAAUACCUGACUCUGUGUGAGGUGGAAGUGUAUGAAAAUGUGGCCUUACGGGGAAAAGCAACCCAGUCAAAACAAUUCAAUCAUCAGCUGGCAGAUGCCAACAAUGCCAUUGAUGGAAACCGUGAAUCUGACUAUAAUGCUGGAUCUUGUGCCUGCUCUGAAAAACAGACCAACCCCUGGUGGAGAGUGGACCUGUUGGAUUCCUACAUUGUCACCUCUGUGACCAUCACUAACAGAAGAGAUUGCUGUCCAGAAAGGCUCAAUGGGGCAGAAAUUCACAUCGGCAACUCUUUACAAGAUGAUGGUGCUGGAAAUCCGGUGGUUGCAGUAAUUUCUCACAUCCCAGCAGGCAGGUCUUUAACAAUUACUUUUACCAGACUUGUGGAGGGACGUUAUGUAACUGUGGUUCUACCUGGUAUCAAUAAAUACCUUACUCUCUGUGAAGUAGAAGUCUAUGGUUAUCGAGAGAACCUAGCAAUCCAAGGAAAAGCCACACAGUCUUCACUACAUUCAAUAGGCGUUGCUUAUAAUGCCAUAGAUGGCAGUCGUGCCAACAACUGGAACCAAGCUUCAUGUAGUCAUACAAAUGCCGACUUCACCCCCUGGUGGCGACUGGACAUGGGCAAAGCCCAUAAAGUGUUUUCUAUUAAUAUAACCAAUCAAAGAGAUGGUGUUCCCCAACGAAUCAAUGGAGCUGAAAUUCGAAUCGGAAAUUCCCUAGACAACAACGGCAACAAUAAUCCCAGGUGUACUGUGAUCUCAAGCAUCCCUGCAGGUUUCACCGAAAACUUUCAGUGUGACGGGAUGGAAGGUCGCUAUGUCAACAUUGUCAUCCCUGGAAGAAUUGAGCAUCUGAUUCUAUGUGAGGUGGAGGUGUACGGUUCCAAAUUGGAUUAGCUAUCAGGAUGCUGAAACUGCUUAGCUUAGGGUGAUGCAUUUGUACA